GUUCAUUAUCUUUAACAUUAAUUUUAUGGUGGUGUGGAUUUGAAGAAGAAUCCGAGUUCCGACGCGGUAGUGUAAAUUUGCCGCGCUAUAGUAGUUGGAUCGAUAAUCCAUUAUUUUCGGACAAAUUACCUUGUUUUAGUAUUUACCUUGAUUGUUAUUAGAUAUUUUCUUCUUUUUCAUACGUAUAUUAAAUUUUCAAGAUGUUUUGGGGAUUAAUAAUGGAACCGAAUAAGCGGUACUCCCAAGUGGUGGAGAAGCCGUUUCACAUAUCGCAAGCUGCUAUGGAUAUUUCCACCGGCGACAAUGAUCCCUGCCAGGUGAUGAUUGUGGUGGAUGGUAAAAACUUCCUCGUGUGCACAUUACAGAAGAACAAGACCAUUCAAGUACCACUCGACCUGUAUUUUAAGGCUGGAGAUUCUAUUUCAUUCUUGACAAAUGGUAAAUGCAAUGUUCACUUGACGGGCUACCUGGAUCCUGAAUUUGAGGAGGAACCUUCAGACGAGGAAGAGGAAGAAGAAGAAGAAGAGGAGGCACCAGCUCUGGUUCCCGCCAAGAAUAAGAGGAAACUGGAGAAUAGCAAUGAAGGAGCUGCUAACAAGAAAGCUAAGCAAGACAAAAAAGCAGACAAAAAAGCUGCUGCUGCUGCCGAGAGCUCCGACGAGGACGAAGAUGGUGAAGAUCAACUACAAAAGUUCCUCGAUGGGGAGGACAUUGAUACCGAUGACAACGAUGAGUCCUUCAAAGUGAAUACAUCCACCGAAGCAACUGACAGCGAUGAAGAGUCUGAUGAGGAAGACGAAGAUGAUGAAGAUGAUGAUGACAAUGAAGAUGAAUCCUCCGAGAAAGCAGACACAACUCUUGAUACCAGCAAGGAUGAUAGCACUGUUGACAUGUCCAAGCUUACCAAGUCGCAGAAACGUCGUCUGAAGAAGAAACUGCAGAAGCAGAAAGAACCUCAAGUAAAUGGAGUUGAGAAAACCAAGAAAGAGAAGCCUGCUGAGCAGCCACAAAAGGCAGAGAAGAAGAAACCAGAAGCAAAAAAGGAUGCUCAAGAGGGUGACAAAAAAGAAAAGAAGUCACUCAGCGGUGGAGUUUUUAUUGAAGAUUUGAAAGUGGGCAAUGGAGCAGUUGCAAAACCUGGCAAGGUUGUCAUGGUGUAUUACGAGGGUCGUCUGAAGCAAAACAACAAGAUGUUCGACAACUGCCAGAAAGGACCUGGAUUCAAGUUCAAACUUGGUGCUAAGGAAGUGAUUUCUGGAUGGGAUGUUGGUGUAGCUGGCAUGAAAGUCGGAGGAAAAAGGAAGAUUGUUUGUCCACCAGCAAUGGCGUAUGGUGCUAAGGGAUCACCACCAGUUAUUCCUCCAAACUCAAGCUUAGUAUUCGAAGUAGAGUUAAAGAAUGUUAAAUAAGUGCUAGUUAUCAUCAUAGUGUAUGGACAUAUUAAUUGUUUCAGUUAAUUUGAUUGUCAUUGAUUGAAUGCCAUUUAUCGUGUAAAUGCUUUCAGCAUUUCUACUAUUAUAAUAAUAUGGAGCAUUAUCAAAAAUAAAGUUUUAUUUUUUUUAUUGACAUGUCUAAAUUACUGAAGUUACAUUGUUUUUGUGGAUGCUCCAUAUUAGUUAUUUACUAUGUAAGUUGAUAAUUUUAGACACUAAGAAUAAACAGGUUAUUUAGAUUUUAAGAAUUAGAAAUCAUCAGCCGCAUAAUGAUGAAAUCUGGUUGGAUGCCAAUUUUUAAUAAAUUUGAUCAACUAGAUCUUACUAAUUUUAAACAAACUUUAUAACUUCAAUAAACUUAUAUUCCAUAAAUAUGUAAUAUACUUAAGUAUUAUUCAUAGUUCCAAUAUAAUAAUUUCAGCAUGAAUAAAUUCAGGCAAGUUUAAAAAUAAUCUUUGGCGCUGAUGUUGAUAAUGUGAAGUGGAUAUCUAGUGAAAGUACGUCUUAAAUAAUCAUUUAAAAUGAGCUAGUUUAGUUUCCUUUAUGAACUUCACAUAUUAAUCAAUACCUGCUUUGAAGUAUACUUAUUUUUAAUAUACACAGUAGCGAGGGCCUUCAAAGCCCAAGGCAGCCUUUACUUUAUCCUUUGUAAUAAUAAAUAAUUAUGCUUAUUUUAUUUUAAGGGAAUGCCUGAUAGUCGCUAGACUAAAAAUAUUGUUUGUAUCCCGUAAGCAAAUUUUAUUUCACAUAAUGACUGCUACAAAAUUCUGACCCAGCUUAAACAUUAUUUUGUUAUUUAAAUUUUCAAUAGCCUUGGUUAUGUAAAAUAGAGUAAAUAUUCCAUUUAA